CUAGAACGGGAGGAUUCCUUGGCCCACUUGGCUCGUUUGGCUCCGAAACGCUCGAAAACGCCCACUCCAUCCUCCCACUUCGCCCUUCAGACGAAAACCGAGCAAACGAUCUCGAACGACUUUUUGCUCGACAGGUGACACUUUCCUGCAUUUUGGAAUUCCUUCGAAGAUGAGAGGACGCGAAAUUAUCGUUUGGAGGACCCCGAGGAGGUCAUGGGUUACCAUGGAAUCGAAGGCCCUGCCCGUUCUGGUGCAGGUAGACUUCGAAGUAUUCGGAGACUUGCAAGGUGUGAAUUUCGUUCAGCACGCCAAGGCACUGGCUGACCGAAUAGGAGUGAGAGGUUGGAUCAAGCUGACUUUCUACGGGACGGCCAUUGGUCAGAUUCAGGGUGAAAAGGACAAAGUUGAUGAGAUGGCUCUUUGGCUACGACACACAGGCUGUCCACGAUCCAGGAUUCAUUAUGUUGAUUUCCAGAACUGGCGUGUCACAGAUGGAUUUGAGUACAGGAAAUUCAGUGCAAGAAUAUAAAAUACUUUAUCUAUUUAACUCAUGUUAUAUAACAUCACAAAUUUCACUCUGUCAUAAAAGAAAAUUAUUGUGAUGUCAUGGACAACCAGACACUGUGCUUUUUUUCAUUCAUCAUAAACAAAUCAAUUUCCAAUGACGAGUUUUGUAAAAGUUAUUAAGAAUGAGAUUAAACAGUUAUUCAAAUGUA